UCUUGUCCUGCAGGAUUACUACAUCGGCACGUACAAAGGGAUCCAUUAUUUAAACGGUUUUCCUCUUCGACAAUGCUCGCCUUCUACUUUCUCUUGUGUUUUUGUGAACAUUCCUCUCUCGCAGGAACUUUUCAAGUGCAGGUACCAAAGGAAACUCUUGCCAUUCAAGAUCAGCCGCUGGUGCUUGAGUGCAGUUUCAGUCACAGCAGUCACGUAAUCCUGGAUAAACUCAUUGUCACCUGGCAAAGAAAUGACAAAGAUGUGGCUCACAGCUUCUACUAUGGAACUGAUCAAUUGACUUAUCAAAGCCCCCGCUACCUCAAUCGCACCAGCCUAUAUCAUGAGCAGCUGCAGCAAGGAAAUGCAUCACUACGGCUUGAGCCUGUCUUUUUAGAAGAUGCUGGCCUAUAUAUAUGCUCAGUUAACACUGAGGAAGGAACAGGAAAAUCUACAACAUUUGUAACAUUUGCAGCCUACUACCUUGAACCAGAACUCAUUGUUGCUCCUCAAAUACACCAUACCAGCUUUUGCUUUAGGACUAUGGGAUACCCAGAGCCAAGAGUCCAAUGGCUCAGCACAGAUGGAAGACACCUUUCUCAUAACACAGAAAUCCUCCAGUCACCUGCUAAUGGAGGCCUUUUUAUGGUCAACAGUGUUCUGGAAGCCAAAGCAUUUGUUAAACUUACUUUUAUACUGGAAAACAUGGCUUUGAAUCAGACAAUUACUAGGCACAUCAGUCUAACUCAAGAUGUCAGCAAUAAAAUAAAGUGUGAACAUAAAAGGUGGAUGCUACUCUUGUUUAUUCCCUUCUGUCUGCUGUUAGUGUUCUUAGUUUGGAGAAAAAAAAAACCUGUUGAAUGAAGGCAAGAGGCAUCUGACUACUCGUGGAAUGGAGAACUGCUUUUAAAAUGAGAAAAUGGAGAUAGCAUUACUCAGAGAGAGAGAGAGAAAUUAAAAUUCCUUAAGUGUGGGAAAUUUCAUAUAUACAACCUAGCUGUAUUAUAGCUGCAUGCGUUUUAUGAAAUAAUAAUGACAUUAAGAGACAUACUAACAUUUUUAAAGCACUUAAUGAAAAUGUAGGAAACCUUAUAAGCUUUGAGAGAAUUUCUAUAAAGUAGUUGUCGUCAUCAUUCGGUUUUACCUUUAUUUUUUUAUCAUCAUUUAUUAGAUGUUAUUGAUUUUAGUUUGUAUCAUCUUCAAUAAUUUAUCUAAUUUAUUCAAUAUUUGUUUUUUCACUAUAUUUUGACAUCUUGUAUUGUUAUUAACUGUUUACUUCAUGUGCAUUUUUUGUUUGGUCCAUGAAAAAUAUUCAGCUGUUAUCUGUUUUAGAACAAAGCUGGCAUUCCCCAUUUUGCUAGGAUUUAAUGGCACACCAAGUCUGUUAAAGCACCAGAUUUAGCAGAAAUCCAGCUAUACCUUUCACCACUUACAUUUCAAAUUAAGUGAUGGAAGUCCAACUUGUACCAGGAUCUGCCUGCACUUCAUCUGAUAACAAAGGUGUAAUUCAGAGUUGAGCUGACAUCUUUCCAAAGGUAGAUCUGCAAACUUUUUGAGCCAGAAGGCUCAAAAUGGACUCAAAGUCGGAGCGAAGAGCUGUAAACCAAUAAAUGACAAUCAUAAUGGGCAAAAUAAUGCACCUAUGGGAAGGCACUGAUUUUCUAACUGGAACUGUCUUUAAUCCAAGAGGUUAGAAUUCCUUCUUAAAAACUAGCUGCACCCACAUACCUAGUUUCUCUCACUGAAUUUUUUUGAGACUCUCUUGAGUGAAACACUCUCUCUGGGGAACUCUGUGCUCUCCCUCUGCAAAAUGAUCUUCUACAACCUCUGUCUGAAAGCAGAAAGUUGAUGAACUGCUCUCUGUUUGGGGAGCUGAAACUGACAAUCUUUUGUCUUUGUGGACCAGAAAGCUGGGCCAGUAGUCUGAAAAGGUGGAGAAGCGGUUAUUACUUCAACAAGGGAACUUCAGCAUCUAAACUCUUGUUCCAGCAAGAGUACCGAUUUUGCCUAUGAAGUUGCAGAUGACUUAGCAAAGGGCCUAAAUGAGGAAGCCACUGCACACCACAAACAAAGGA